AUGAAGUACCGCAUCAUCCUUACCAGGCUCCUUGUCUCCAAUCUUAAUGCGACUCUACCAGACUUUAUUGUCGGCAAGCGUACCGAGUCUACCUUCAAUGCCGCCUGUGGCUUAGAGAGCCCAACAGCAGAGCUGUGGGCGUCAAAGCACGCAGAAAUCAAGACGUUCGUCGAUGAGAACGAAGCCGAAUUCAAAAAGAACCCUACAUCACCCUCAUUUGCUGUUCAUUUCAGGAACAAGUAUGCUCCAAAGCUCGCACCAAGCUCCGUCUUCUGCGAUGUAGCUGGAGCAUGCAGCAUUGGAAGCUGUGACAAUCUGGACGAGACUCUUCCGGUCGAAGGACGCCAGAUAAUUUACCUCGUCUUCGAGCAACUAUCUGGCGUCGCUCAUAUCAUGGCAGUGUCCGCCAAGGCAACGAAUGAUGCUGGUUCCUUCAUAAAGGAUUUCAUGGCCGCAGUCAAUGCGGUUGUCCUCAUUGCUUCAGGCGGAACAACGUUUCCACCCGUAUACAUCGCUGACUCAUUUGGGCUUAAAUUUCUAAAUGCGGCCGCCAAUAUCGUUGGUAGCAGUUACAUUGGCGCCGCAGGUAUAGUCAUUGCAGGAACUGCUGAUGUCCCUGAUUACAGCGCAGGUGUUAAAUCAUGGUUGACCGGUACCCUAAACACGAUCUUGGAUAAUAGACAGCGCAAAGUCGGUGAAGAUCUCCGGGAUCUGUUAAAAGGCCGUGUCAAUUCAAAGGACAUGACCGUUUUUGAUCUUCUGGCCAGCAAAGAUUUCCUUGCGCCGGCGGAAAGGGAAAAGCAGUACCUGCCUGCAGUGUCUGUGAACGCUGCCUGGCACUUCGAACGACCGUACAUUAUUGACGCUGACGCACCACCUGGCGGUUGCGAGAGCGACAAUCGGGGACCAGUAGAGCGCCGAGUAUGCUUGAGAGAGGCGCCUACACAUUCUUUUUGGCUUUUCAAUAUUGGCCAAGGUCGAGAAGGUGGCUCCUUGAAGAACGACCGAGCCCAAGUGACUGCUCCUUCUGGAUGGUACAUGUUCGACGACACAGGUUCGCAGACACUCAAUGUCACUAGAAAAUGUGUCGUUCGAUCAUCUCUGAUGAUGGAUCGCAACAACCUCGCCGAUGCUGUGGAUCAAUCAGAUUUCGUUACCAUCAGCUCCGCGCUCGAAAGGAAAAGCGUGGUCAUGUCCGGCAUUGAUGCCGUUCACUGGUCCGGCGAUCCAGAGAAAACAAAGCAUCUAGGUAGCGUCCCCGGCGCAUUCAGCAUUCCCAUCUUCCGCAAUCCCGGUGGAGAAGCCAUCUCGAGUGUUGGCGAAGACAAGAGCCGAAACUAUCCCUGUAUGCCUGGAGAGUUCUUAUGGGAGAGUGGGUGGUCUAUUGAGAAGGACACGACGUUGACGUUUCUUAAGCGCUUUGGGCUCAUGUUCUCUGAGAACUGGGAGGACUAUUACUCUGGUCACAACGGUUGCGAGGGAGAGAAUAGCAUCGACUGGCAUGCCGAACUUAAUGCCUUUCGCAAGGAUGGCGAUCCUGAGAUCCCCAAGAAGCUCAAGCAUCCGUUCAAGAAGUGCACAAGCCCCAAUCCGCACGAAAAUCUGGGCACUCCAACAAGGGAACAUGAGAAUGAGGGUAGCCACCUCCUUCGCACCGGGCGUCGCGCGCCAAUCACGCAUCAAAUCACACACAAUCGCAAACAGCGAGUACAUGUGCACGCCGGCGUUGGCCAUUUGGUCGUUGGCCGUGUCGCGCACGAGCUCGGUGGUCGUACCCGACGCUUCGACAUUGGCGUAGACGGAGUAUCCGGCGGCGCGCAGGCUGAGGGAGAGGAAGGCGGUGCACACGUCGGUUGUUAUGCCGGCGAGGAUGAUUUGCUUUUUGCCUGUGGCUUCGAUGGCGGCGCGGAAGGAGGGGUUGUCCCAGGCGCUGUAAGGAGAUCAGAAGGUGGAAAAUGGCAGAGGAUGGGGGACGUGGUACUUUACUUCGCCUUGGCGGCGGAUCAGGGGGGCAUUGGGGUACAUUUCGAUGAAUUCUUUUGGCAGAGGCUGGGGGAUGUGAGUCAUUUUGGCUUUUCGUACUUGCUAUUGGACUUACGCCGUUGGGACCGGUGUCGGCAGAUGUAG